GCUAUGCCGGAUUACUCUGGACUGCUGAACAUGCACAGGAUCUUGGCAUCGAUCUGACUCAAAUAAGUGUGGCGGGUGUUUCUGCUGGAGGUGGUCUUGCAGCUGCCACGGCGUUAAUGGCGCGUGAUCGGGAUGGACCCAAACUACAGGGUCAAUUGCUCGUCUGUCCUAUGCUCGAUGAUCGCGAUCAAACAUUGUCAACUCUACAAUACGCGGACAUAGGCACAUGGAAUCGUCAGUCGAAUCAAGUUGGUUGGACAGCAUUGCUCGGUUCAAAAAGAAUUGGAAUUGAACAACCAUUUUUCGAUACUGCAAGCCAUAUCAUAAUUCUUUUUGGAAACGUGGCCUUCAAUCUUAUUCCUUUAUGUUCAUCAGCAUCCUGCCGACAAGCAGCAUAA